AUGCCCGCUAACGAGGAAAUUCUGAGCGCGCCCCUGCAACAAUCACUGGACAAUUUCCUGGGGAAAGCUUGUGUUAAUGGCUGUGUGUCCUCUAACGACGAUGAAGAUGACUGCCAAAAGUGUUGUCUAGGCUCCAACUUCAAGCAGAAUGGCAAGGAAGAGUGUCAGUACAAGAGUUUUCCAGUGAGGGAGGUCCAUGAGAAGUUCAUGAGAAGCUUCAUCGACUUACUUCUGGAAGAUGCAGUUUUUAAGGGGACUGCGAGAAAAAAUAGAGUGGUGGAAUGGAUGGAGCCAUCCGCCCUUCAUUCAGCCAUCGACUUGAAUCUCCAAGACCAGGGAGUGUCUCACGAAGAGCUUUUCUCGUUAGCUCGUAACGUGAUCAAGUACAGUGUGAAAACAGGUCAUCCUCGAUUCGUGAAUCAAUUAUAUUCCAGCGUGGAUCCGUAUGGUCUCCUUGGACAAUGGCUGACCGACGCUUUAAAUCCUUCAGUCUACACUUACGAGGUCUCUCCGGUAUUUUCCUUGAUGGAAGAGGAAAUACUGCGUGAAAUGAGGAAAAUAGUUGGCUGGAAGGAUGGUAGAGGUGAAGGGAUAUUCUGUCCUGGUGGUUCCAUUGCCAAUGGCUAUGCAAUCAACUUGGCGCGUCAUUAUAGGUUUCCCCAGUUGAAGGAACUGGGUAUGACCAGUGCUGGUAGAUUGAUAGUAUUCACAUCCCAAGAUGCUCACUACUCUGUGAAGAAACUCAGUGCAUUCUUGGGAAUAGGUACCAGCAAUGUCUGUGAAGUGAAAACUGACAAUAAAGGAAAGAUGUGCAUGGUAGACUUGGAAGCACAGAUCAAGAGAGUUCUGGAAGAUGGUGCAACUCCAUUGAUGGUCUCUGCCACAGCAGGAACCACUGUUCUGGGUGCCUAUGAUCCUCUGAGAGACACAGCAGCUAUUUGCAAAAAGUACAACAUGUGGUUUCAUGUUGAUGCAGCCUGGGGAGGAGGAGCUUUGAUGUCGAAGAAAUACCGACAUCUUUUGGAUGGUGCAGAACUGGCAGAUUCUAUUACUUGGAAUCCUCACAAACUUCUGGCUGCUCCUCAACAAUGCUCAACACUGUUACUACGUCAUGAAGGUCUCUUGCAGGCUGCACAUGGUCUGAAGGCCAGUUAUCUCUUCCAACCAGAUAAAUUCUAUGAUACUUCCUUUGAUAGUGGAGAUAAACAUAUGCAGUGUGGUCGAAAGGCAGACGUAUUAAAAUUCUGGUUCAUGUGGAAGGCGAAGGGCACUCGAGGUCUUGAGAAGCACGUGGAUCGUGUCUUCGAAUUGUCGCGGUACUUCACGGAUUACAUAAGGCACAGAGAAGGCUUCAAGUUGAUGCUUGAACCUGAGUGUACUAAUGUUUGCUUCUGGUACGUGCCGCCCUCUAAGCGUCACUUGCAGGGUGAGGAGUUGUCGAAAGUCUUCCAGAAAAUUGGGCCAGCAGUGAAAGAGCGUAUGGUGAAGAAGGGGUCGAUGUUGAUCACGUAUCAACCUCAACGCGAGUUGCCAAAUUUCUUCAGGUUGGUUCUGCAGAAUUCUGGACUGACUGAAGCGGACAUGAGGUUCUUCGCAGAAGAAAUUGAGAGGCUCGCCAGUGAUUUAUAAAAUUUCUAAGAAUUACUCUUUGUAAAAACUCUUAAGUUAAAGA